AUGGAGGCGGAGGUGGAGGCGGAGGAGGCGGAGGCCUUCCUGCGGGACAAGCUGGUGGCGCUGUACUUCGCCUCCGGCCGGUGCGCGCUCAGCCGGGACUUCACGCCGCUGCUGCGCCGCUUCUACGCGGAGCUGGUGGAGCGGGCGCGCCCGCCGGCGCCCCUGGCCGUGGUGCUCGUGUCCGCCGACCGCAGCGCCCGGGACAUGGAGGCCUUCCUGCGCCCGCUGCCGGGCUCCUGGCUAGCGAUCCCCUUCCACGACCCCUUCCGUCAUGAGCUCAGGACCAGGUACCGCAUCACAGCCACCCCCAGGCUUGUGAUCCUGAAGCCCAGUGGGGAGGUCAUCACCGACAAAGGGCGCAGACAGAUCCGGGAGCAGGGGCGGGCCUGCUUCCAAAGCUGGGUGGAGGCUGCCGAAGUCUUCCAGAACUUCUCCGGGUGA